UUCUCUCGUGUUCGCGCCCAUUGCGUCAUUCUUUAUUCUUGUGCCGAGAUAGUCACAUCGCCAUUAGUAAAAUGGGAAAAAGAAAAUACAGGAGAUCAGAUUCGGACGAUGAAUCUAAGGAAAAUAGGAUAACUAAAAAGAUGAAACGCCUGUCGAGAGAUCUUAAAAAGCUUGAGGAUCGAAUACGGAAGAGACGGGCACGAGACCGUGAUUCGAGAUUAGAGGAUGGUGAUCAUAAACGGCAGAAAUCAUCCAGUGGCAGAGACAGGAGAAAUCUGUCACAAAGCCCUUCACGAACUCCACCCGAUUCUCCAUUUAUCCCGUCGGAUGAUGAUCAACGAUCGCCCUCGAUUGACGAGGGGCUCACUGUGGAUACAAUAGAAGUUGCGUUGGGCGGCGAGGUCGCAUCGACCUCGAAUCAUUCUCAUGAUCCGCCCGUUGGUACUUCCACAGCACCGGCAGAGGCUUCUAUUGAACAUCAACCGACAGUAAAGCCAGGAGGAGAUUCAUCUUCUUUAAAUGCCCAAAAAACUGAGGCUUCUGGGCAAGAGAAUGAACUCAUUAUUGAAGACCUGGAUGAGGAAAUUUUGGAUGUAAUCGGCAAACGAGUUGCAGAAGACAGAGUGCUGGCCCCAGCUAUUCCUAAAAGUAUCGCUGUUCGGCUGGAAGACAUUUUGAAGAAAGGUCUUCCAAAGGAGGAAAGAGAAAAGCUAAUCAAGGAACAUGCACCACCAAAAAAUUGCGUCUUGAUUGAUCCUCCUAAACUAAAUGAAGAGGUUAAAGUUUCUAUAGCGGAACCGUCAAGAAAACGAGAUGAUCGAAUCGUCGAUAAACAAAAGAAAAUUACUGCUUGUCUCGCCUUGAUGGGUAGCUCCAUAGUUGAUGUUAUCAACAAUAGCAAGGCGGAUAAAGGAACUUCGAUAUUGCCACCAGCGCAAAUUGCCUUAGUUAAAAAGCUCAGUGAAGCAGCACGGUUGUUGGCAGAUCUGCAGAGAGAUGAAACCCUGACUCGCAGAAGUCUAAUUCUUGCUACGAUUAAUAGCUCACAGAAGGAAGUAUUGGAAUCAUCAACAGCUGAUGAAUGGCUUUUUGGCCAAAAAUUGGAUGAGCGUCUUAAGGCGGCAAAGACAAUCGAACGAUCGGGAAAGGACCUGAAAGCAAAACCUAAAAUCUCUAAGAAGCCAAAAAACUUCAAGACUCCGCCUCGUCGUCAGCCUUUCAAGCCCAGGACGUCGGGCGGGUUCCGGAACAAAUUUUACAAUCAAAAUCAGUCCAACAAGAAGAACUGGGGAACUCAGAACACGGGAGACCACAAUCCCCAAUCACAAACCCCAGCACAACAGAAAAAAGCUUAGCUUUAAGGGAUGGAGCCACAUCCGCUUUGGAAGUCUCUUACCCUGGUGGCCGGGAAGUUAUCAGGGAAGCCUUCCUGUUAAGAGGCG